UGUAAUUUCCAUUUCUGCAUCUGUCUUCUAGAGGGUGCCUUUGUGCACCACCCAAGAGGAGGAGGUAACUGAUACCACCUGAUAUUCAGGUGUUGAAGUAACUGUAAAUUUGACUUUCAGCCAGAACAAUUUACUCUCUAACAUCUGUGGAAGUUGGAGCAUGCCCAAACCUGUUUCUGUUUCAGGCUUCACCUGAGGGAGGUGUGGUUUAGUCUUAAGCUAUUAAGGCUUUUUUUGGAUCUGAACUAGAAGGUGGUCAAAGGUAUGGAGACUUUCAGCGUGGGUAUAUUGCAUUUGUGUUAAGUGCUCUGUGCAUAUCUUUUUUACUUCUGCCCGCUGCUUUUUCAUAAGUGCUAAAGACAGAAUUUUCUGUUACAGAAUAGAUUAUGUGUAUGUACACAUGUACAUAUCUUUUCUUUCUCUUUUAGAUUUACCAACAGAUUGUAAUAUAGUCACUGCCAAAAUGACGUCGUAUUCUACCUCUGCUCAGUGUUCAACAUCUGACAGUGCUUGCAGGAUCUCUUCAGAACGAAUUAGUAAGGUACGACCAAAACUGCCACUUUUGAAGAUUUUGCAGGCAGCAGGUGCGCAAGGUGAAAUGUUCACUGUAAAAGAGGUAAUGCACUAUCUAGGCCAGUACAUAAUGGUGAAGCAGCUGUAUGACCAGCAGCAGCAGCACAUGGUGCACUGUGGUGGAGAUCUUUUGGGAGAACUACUGGGACGUCAGAGCUUUUCUGUGAAAGAUCCAAGCCCUCUCUAUGAUAUGCUAAGAAAGAAUCUUGUCACAUUAGCUACUGCUACCACAGAUGCUGCUCAGACUCUCGCUCUCGCACAGGAUCACAGUAUGGAUAUUCCAAGUCAAGACCAACUGAAGCAAAGUGCAGAGGAAAGUUCCAGUUCCAGGAAAAGAACUGAAGAAGGUAAUGUUCCCACACUGCCUACCUUACAGCAUAAACGCAGGAAUUCUAGAGAAGAUGAAGACUUGAUAGAAAAUUUAACUCAAGAUGACUCCUCUAGGCUGGACCUUGAUUUUGAGGAGUGGGAUAUAGCUGGCCUGCCUUGGUGGUUUUUAGGAAAUUUGAGAAACAACUAUACACCUAGAAGUAAUGGAUCAACUGAUUUACAGACAAAUCAGGUAAAUUCACAUUUAAAUGGAAACUAGUUUUGUUUUUUGAAACAGUAACAUUUGGUUAUUCUUCACUACACAUUAUAUUCUCUAAGAAUUCUUGUUGACUGCUUUGACUUAUCCAUCUGUAUGUGAUGCCCAAAUCUCUUUAUCGCUAACUCUGACUUCUUUCUAGGUGUCCAGCUUCCAUAUUGAGCUCCCUACUUAAACAGUUCCACUUUUAGAAAUUGUCUGACAUUUAAUAUGAAUUCUCAGUUUUAAAAAAAAAUUUUAUUUGGGCUGGAGGCAUGGCUCAAGCAAUAGAGUACUUGCCUAGCAAGCGUAAAGCCCUGAGUUCAAACCCACUACUGCCUCCACCCCCCCAAAAAAAAUUUACUUUACCAGACAUUCCUUUCUUAGCCUAUUUGGUUUCAUAAAUCUACCAUCUACACAGUUGUUCUUCCAACCAAACUGAUUACUUUCUCUGUCAUAGACCCCAUCAGGUUAUCAGUUCUUUAUCUAAAAGAGUUGGGCUCUUCAUUCCAGCCCACCUGGGGUACAAGUGAGACUGUCUCAACAAAAACAAACAAAAGUUCAGAAAAUGUCAGAGCAAAAGGUUGGGUUACUAUCAGUAUUUCUUUAGUAUGCAUAUCCAAAAU